AUGGACAAAAUGCGGAAAGUCUUGCAUGAGGAUAGCCGUCCCAAAUUGGCUUUGGAAUCUCUCCCUGCCGAAUUGAAGGUCAUAAUAUUCUUUGCGCUACCGGAUCUCAUCUCCCUGAAGCACAUUGCAUCAACAAGUCGCUCACUCUACAAUGCUGUCAAAUCCGCGGAAAGACAUGUCGUUCACCCGUUCCUCUCAAGCGAAUUAGAGUUCGACGUGUUGCCCGAAGCCGCGGCUGUGAUAGCCUCCUCACGAAUAAAGUCACGAACAAAAUCCCAGAUGCUCACUUUCGCCGAGAAUCAUCUCCGCUGCCCGUGGCAUUGGGAUCCAAAGUUUUAUUUCACCCUUGCGGAUGCUCUCUACAUAAGCAAACUCCACAAACAGAUUCAAUCUUUUACAAACCAAUUUUUUGUUGUGGCAUUCAUGGAUGAUCAUGAAAUUCUGGAUCCUGCACCACUAUCUCGGAAUGAAACAGCUCGAAUCAUGCGAGCGUUCUAUCGGUUCGAGAUAUACUGUAAUCUAUUUCGAUAUAAGCAAGAACAACAAAAUUAUACGGCUAAAGAACAGCAAGAGUUAUUCUUCUCCUGGUUUUCUCCCUGGGACAACGAACAGUUAGCAUGCGUUGAAAUGUUUUUCUCUUUGACUCACGGCAACUUCUUGGCAGAUAUUGUUGCAAGCGAAAACAUGGCGCCUCAGAGCAAAGUCAAUAGCUACCUUGGCCCCAACGGUGAACGUUUUCAGCACUUCUUGUCCUUGGGUUUAGAUUACCUCCAUCAAUUCGACACAGCAGGCUCUUUAGAAGAGCAAAAAGCUCUUAUGUAUCCGCACUUGAAUUUGGAGAAUGGCGACUUUCUUCAUUCGGGGUUAGAAGCGGUAAAUAAGCCACAUGACGGGGUUCUUCUGAAGAAUUACAUUUUCUCACCGUCAGGCGAACUCGAAGGGCCGGGCUGGCCCGUACAUUUUCGUGACGAUGACUAUGGUCCGCAUGUGGCAUGGAUUGGAUCACACUUGAAUUUUAGUUGCGAUCGGCUUAUCUGGGGCUGCGACUUACAUCAGCUAUAUGAUCAGGGAUAUGUAAUGCGGGAUUUCAUACGACUUCAAUCUCUAAACAUAGACUACGAUUGUGGGCAGGAAAUAAUAGACGCCCGAGAGAUUCAUAUGGCUCGGAUGUCGGGUUCGGAGCAAGGAUGA